UAAACUUUACUAAAGAUAACCAAUAGAAGAAACAGCUUUUCCAUUUAUGGCUUUUAGAUUAAUGUUUAACUACAGAACAAAUAAAUCACAGGUUUUGCUUCCUGGUAGAUAUUCAAGUCAGAAACAUGCUGUGUGUGUUAAGCGUACCGUGUUCAUGAAGAUAUUAUUAUAAUUCUGUACAGCAAAUUUACAUUGAGAAAACAAGCCUUACACUUCAAAAAUGAUCAAGUACCAAAAAUCUAGAACUUUUCUGUAUAUUUAUCCACUGAAUAGAAAGUAGGAAAUUAACUUGUUGGAAAUACUACCUGUUUAUUUUUUUGUUAUGGAUCGUGAGUACGAGAUCGUUGAAGAGUUGAAGCUAGAAGACUGGAAAGAUUUGGAACAGGUGACCCCAGUCAAGGUGUUUUUGACCGUACUCUACAUUUUCAUCCUGCUAAUAGGAAUCGUGGGGAACAGUUUAACUAUCAAGGUCACCCAGGUGCUGCGAAAAAAUGGAUACCUUCAGAAGAAUGUUACUGACCACAUGGUAAGCUUAGCGUGCUCUGACCUCCUGGUGCUUCUGAUUGGCAUGCCUGUGGAACUGUAUAGUGCCAUAUGGUUUCCCUUUUCAUCCACCUCUGGGAAUGUGUCCUGCAAGAUCUACAACUUUGUCUUUGAGACCUGUAGUUAUGCCACUAUCCUGAAUGUGGCCACCCUUAGUUUUGAGCGGUAUAUUGCCAUCUGCCAUCCUCUGAAAUACAAGUCAUUUUCAGCAUCUCACACAAUUAAGCUUAUUAUUUUUGCAUGGGUGACAUCUGUUUUAGUUGCAAUUCCACUGUUGUUUGCUACUGGAACAGAGGGUCCCAGGGAUCUGAUGAGUGGCCAGAACAGUUCCUCCUCUCUCACAGAUGGCACAUAUCACCUGGAAAAGGAGCUCAUACAGAACUUGACCUUCUGCACAAACCUCACCUCCAUGUGGGGGAUUUACAGGUCCAGCAUCUUCGUGGCUUUUAUUGUUUACAUCAUCGUCUUGUUGAGUGUGGGAGUCAUGUGCAAAAGAAUGAUCCAUGUGCUGUCAAGCACAAACAAGAACACAUUCAAGAAGUCAACUAUACAAGACACUAACAGUAGGACAUUCGUACCUAAGCAUGAGAGUUCAAAGGUCAAGGAAGCCAGAAAGCAAACCAUCCUGUUUCUAGUAUUGAUUGUAGCUGCUCUUGCUGGGUGCUGGAUGCCUAACCAGAUCCGCCGUCUCAUGACUGCAGUCAAGAGCAAAGCAAACUGGACCAUGCCGUACUUCAAGAGCUAUGUCAUCCUUCACCCAAUAUCUGAUACCUUCUUCUACAUCAGCUCAGUGUUGAACCCCUUCCUCUACAACCUGUCUUCCCGUCAGUUCCGUCGGGUGUUCGUCCAGGUGCUGCUCUGCAAACUGACCAUCACGCAUGUGAACAAAAGGCACGUAAGGCAACCUGACAUCAGCUCUACCCGCUCUUCUCACGCCCUUCUCAAUCAAGGAUGUUCCACUCGCAUCAGUAAAAAGCCCCACAAGUUUACCACGUUCCAAAGUCCUGAUGUUGACCAAUCACAGAAUCCGAUUAUCCUACCGGAGACAGACUCAAGCACCAUCAACUUUAGUAGUCAGUGUGCAGACAGUGAAGUCUGAUACUGAUCUAAAUUGAGCUCAUAUCUGGUUUUCACACAAACUAUGUAGUUCAGCAGUUUGAUACUAGUCUAUUUUGUCUUAGACUAAACUGAAAACUCUGUUUAGCCAUAUAUUUUUCAUUUCCGAUACAAACUAAAAUUCUUUAAAACAAAAAUGUUAUGUUCUUUAGUUAAAUACUAUAACUUCAUCAAACAAACAAAAUAUAAAAUGCAAUCAUUGACAUUCUCUAUGGAAUAAAUAUAGGGCAUUAUAUACCCUACACAACCCAUAUUUUGUAUGUAUCUUUCAUUGUUAACAUGAGAACCCGCCAAGCCUCUUGAUGUGUUUGUGUGAGUGAAUACCAGCAAUGUAAUUGGUGUCAAAUAAAUUAACAUGAUAAUAACAUUGUAAUUAAUACUCUAAAUAUGCUUUCAAAGCUACUUCUGCAAGUGGGUCAUUACCGGUAAAGUGUUUGUGGUAUUCAAUAUCUCUGGUGAAAAAUACUCAAAUCACUCAAGAACUUGAGUAACUGAUCUUUAAAAAUCAAUUCUUGUAAAAGAAGUAUGUUCACAAGGGGGCUUGUAGGAACAAACCAUAUGGUCUUUCUCUCUAAUCAGCUCAAAUAAACUGCAAUUGCACAAAACACAUACCAAAAGAAAAACCUUAUUUGCUUACCCACAAAACUGAACUGUAAAACAUAUAUCCAGGAUUUCUUUGAUCUUGCUCUAAAUGUUGUCUGUGCC